CUUGAGAUCGAGUAGACACUUCACUUUCUCUCUAUUUUGAACAUCCACAAAAAUGGCGUUGGUAAAGGGAAAAUUGAAACCGGGACCUAAUCAAAGGAUUGACGAUGGCCAUAACUCCAGAAACGUGGCAGCCAAUGCUUUCAAAAUUUACACAGAGAUUGGGAAUGUCAAAGUUGAUGCAGAUAGCUUGAAAUCAAUGGAACAUGGCAAAGGAGCUUUGCUAACUACUGCAAGUAAUCUCAAGGGUAGUUUGAAGAAUAAUGUAAAGAGCAAAGACAAACUUGAAACUUCUGCUAAUACAGAUGUUCGAAGAAAAGUGUUGGCUGAUGUGAGUAAUAUCAAAGGAAAUAUUUCUAGGAGUGUAGUGUGUGAUAGCUCCAAAGCAAUGGCUACAGAGGGCCGAGCUGCUGGACCUGUGAAUGCCACAUCAAGAAAAUCUUUCACGGGAAAAGGGAAAAACUGCCUAAAUCAAGAAGGUAGCAAAGGUGGGAAAGCCUCUUUGGAUGGCCGAGGUACUCAAACCAAGAAUUCAGCCCUUGGAUCCUUUAUUGUUAGCAGCAGCAGGGCUAGGGCUACAGGAAACUCAAUUAUUCCAAUGAGGAAGUCAUUACCAGUGUUAAGGAGAUCAAACCAAGUGGAUAAAAAGGACUCAAAGGAAAAUGCUGGAAGCUUAGAAAAAGCUAAAGAAACACAAAGGGCCACAGAUGAUAGUAAAGUUAGCAAGAAGGUUUUACCAAGAGUAAGUAAUGCAAGGAGCCAUCUUUGUAGGACUCGAGCAAGUGAUGGAUUCAUACGUGUGGCCCCUAGAAUGCAAACCCAUGCAGUUGUUCGUCCUUUGUCAAGAAGAUCUGUUCAGCCAAUAGUGAAGACUGCACUCAGGGCAUCCAUUGCUCCAGGUGCCUUGAAGUCUAAGAGCUCAUCAAGUUUGAAAAAACCUGUAUCUGUUCAAGCAACCUUAUACAAGGAAAAAGAGGAAGCUGUUAAAUCUUCUCAUGUGGACAAUGUUGUGCCAGUGGUUCCAAAUGGAGCCAAUCAAACAGAUAUUUCAUCUGAUGCCAACAACAACAAAAAUGACAAUUUGACCAGGAGAAAAUCAAAUCGUAGGAGAUCUUAUACAUCUUUGUUAAUGGCUAGAUCAAAGCUACUAGAAAAACAUGGUGAAGUUAUGGAAGAAAACCAACCAAAGAUCGACAAUGCCAGCAAUCAACUUGAAGUUGCUGAAUAUGUUGAUGAGAUUUAUCAGUAUUAUUGGAAUAUGGAGGCACAGAAUCCACCCCCGGGAGAUUAUAUGUCAAUUCAGACAGAUAUUACACCUCAUAUGAGGGGCAUCCUGAUCAACUGGCUAAUUGAGGUACACUUCAAAUUUGACCUGAUGCAAGAAACACUUUAUCUCAUGGUCACUUUGUUAGACCAAUAUCUCUCUCAAGUCCAAAUUAAGAGGAAUGAAAUGCAAUUGGUUGGCCUCACUGCUUUUCUCCUGGCAUCAAAAUAUGAGGAUUUUUGGCAUCCUAGGAUCAAAGAAUUAAUAAGCAUAUCAGCUGAGACAUACACAGGGGACCAGAUGCUUGGCAUGGAGAAGCUGAUUCUUAAAAAGUUGAGGUUUCGUCUUAAUUCACCUACUCCAUAUGUCUUCAUGUUAAGGUUUCUCAAGGCUGCUCAGUCAGACACAAAGCUUGAACAUCUAGCAUUCUUCCUCAUCGAGUUAUGCUUAGUUGAAUAUGAAGCUUUGAAGUUCAAGUCAUCCUUGCUUUGUGCAUCAGCUAUCUAUGUUGCUCGGUGUACCCUGCAAAUAACCCCAGCUUGGACCCCCUUGCUUCGCAGACAUGCUCGUUAUGACGUCUCAGAAAUGAGGGAGUGUGCAGAGAUGAUUUUAAGAUUCCAAAGGGCUGCCAGUUCAGGACAGUUAAAGGUCACAUAUGAAAAGUACACAAGUCCUGAUCUCAGUGGUGUUGCUGCAAUUACACCCUUACACCAACUUCCUCUCUGAUUUGACAAUUUAGAUCCACUUUUCAUCCGUUAAUAUAGAUGCCAUAGUAUAUGAUGGAUGAGAAUUCUACCAGGAAAUGGUCCUUGUGAAAGUACUCUCUUCUUGCUGUGUCCUUUUUCAUUUUAACCAUUGCAAUUGUGAGGGAGGGGGUGUUGAACUCACUCUUGGCUGGGGGAUGGUGCACUUUUCCAACCGCCCCAAGAGGCCAAGUCAUAACUGGUUAUGUCUUUGAUUCAUUUGUUAUGUAAAAAUGAUAUUAACACAGUACCUACAAUUACAAUCUUUUGUUGUAUAAGCUGAGAUUACUACCUACAGAAAAGUGUUGUGCAGGAUUUUUCUUUUUUUUUUUCUCUCUCUGUCAAAAGCUUGUAUUUUCCCAAGUUGUAUAAUUUAUU